CGGCCAUGAAGCUGGAGGUGUUCGGGCCCCGCGCGGGCCUCGGCGACAAGCCGGGGAGUGACCUGGAGGGCGCGGGCGGCAGCGACGCGCCGUCUCCGCUGUCGGCCGCAGGCGACGACUCCCUGGGCUCGGACGGGGACUGCGCGGCCAACAGCCCGGCGGCGGGCGGCGGCGCCGCGGCGCUGGCGGGCGGCGGCGAGCGGAGCGCGGGCGCCGAGGAGGCGGGCGCGGCGGAGGCGCAGGCGGGCGCGGCGGGGCCGGGCGCGGGGGGCGCGGGCGGCGGCGAGGGCGCGCGCGGCAAGCCGUACACGCGGCGGCCCAAGCCCCCGUACUCCUACAUCGCGCUCAUCGCCAUGGCCAUCCGCGACUCGGCGGGCGGGCGCCUGACGCUGGCCGAGAUCAACGAGUACCUCAUGGGCAAGUUCCCGUUCUUCCGCGGCAGCUACACGGGCUGGCGCAACUCCGUGCGCCACAACCUCUCGCUCAACGACUGCUUCGUCAAGGUGCUGCGCGACCCUUCGCGGCCCUGGGGCAAGGACAACUACUGGAUGCUCAACCCCAACAGCGAGUACACCUUCGCCGACGGGGUCUUCCGCCGCCGCCGCAAGCGCCUCGGCCACCGGGCAGCGGCCCCGGGCCCCGGGCUCCGGGCCGCGGACGCCGCGCCCCCGCCGCCCUCGCCCGCCGCCCCGGCCCCGGCCCCGGCCCCGGCCUCGCCCAGCGUGCGCUCGCCCGCCCGCCCGGAGGGGCGCGCCAGCCCGGCGGGCAGGUUCUCGGGCCCCUUCGCCAUCGACAGCAUCCUCAGCAAGCCCUUCCGCAGCCGCCGCUCCGCGGACGCGGGUCCCGGGGCGCGCCCGCCGUGGGGCGCGGGUCCCUGCCCGCCACCGCCCGCCUUCCCCGCGCUGCUCCCGGGCGCGCCCGCCGGGGCCCUGCUACCGCUGUGCGCGUUCGGCGCGGCUGAGCCGCCGGCGCUGGGCGCGCGCGGGGUCGAGGCGCCGCCCCUCCUGCUCGCGCCCCUGGCCGCCCCUGCCCCCGCCAAGCCUCUCCGGGGCCUGGCCGCCGGCGCGCACCUGUACUGCCCCGUGCGGCUGCCCGACGCCCUGCACGCGGCCUCGGCCCGCGCGCCCGGCCCGCACCUGCCCGGCCCGCCCGAGACGCUCCUAGCCUGAGCGCCGCGGAGCCGGCGGGGAACGCGGGCUCGGGGCCGUGCGCUUCCCACGCAGAGGACAGAGACCGUCAAAGGAACAUUCCAGCAAAGGUGCCUUAGCGCUGAUGCCUCCGGGCAGGAGCGUCUCGGCCCGGUGGUUUUCCUUCCUGGCCCAAGCCUGUCCCGGCCUCCCUGCGCAGAGACGUCCCCUCCCUUCUUCCUGCCGGGCUCCGCCUUGUUCCUUCUGUUUUCCUCGCACCUUCCGGUAAUUUGUCCCUCAAAAAGCAAAACGAAAACACAAAAGCACAUCAGGGAACCUUCCCCUGUGGUCCGUGAUAGACUCCUGCGGGGGGUACCGGCCCCUCCGUGUGCGCGCGGCGCCCGCCUGCGGGUGCGGCGGAGUGGGAGAGGGGCCCGAGGAGCUUGUCCUCUCUCUGCUCUUGACCAAUGUUUCACUGUGCCAAAAGAUGAAAAAUAUAUAUAUUGUUGGGUUUUGUAAUUAAAUUAUUUAUGUAUUUUUGAAACCCGAGUUGAAAAUGUUGCGGGCAACGGUUUUGGCUUUAUUCGCGGCUGGGUGAUCUCUUCGCUGUGGUCUCCUUGGGCCAAACGGCUUCUUCCAAGGACAAGUUCACGUUGUGUACGUGGGGUGCCAGGGCCACUGCCACGUGAGAGCGAGUGUGGUUACCUUUAAUGUGAUUUUGGUUGUGUCUGUGUCCAUGUUCAUGUGUGAUUUUAUGAAAUCCAGGCAUAAUGCUUAUUUUUUAAUAAAACUCACAAUUGACUUUA